UUUCCCGGCCGGCCUCUCCUCGCAUCCCCUUCCUCCCGCUCAGCGUGCUCAGACCCCGGUUUCCCCUUCGCCCUCCCUUCGACGUUAACAUUACCCACCGAGGCAUGGGGCGCUUGGAAGACUCGAGCCAACCCGAGUUAAUAAAGGAGCGAAACGUCUCCCAAGCUCGCGCCAUCCCCUCAGCUCCCCCUCCCGCCAAGGGACGGUAACUGGGGCGGUGCGAGAGCCGUGGGGUUGGUCGGCCAGUCAAACGCCCAGACCCGGAGGGACUCGCCGACCUGGCCUGGGGGAACAGGUCCGGCGAAACCUAAGAACAGUCGGCGCUAGGGCAGGUGCAGGGCCCAAGCCACGGGGAGCUGGGUGAGGGAGCUCCCCUCCCCCCCACAUCCAUUCCUCUCACACAUCUAAAGUGAACCACCGGGUUCCAGUCCAGGACCCUGCCCUCCCAGAGCUCGCUGUCUACGUGGGGAAACAUUGUACCCGAUGAGCACGCUUUCAGUGGUUUGGGGCAUGAAGAAAAUACACGGCACGGCGCUGUGCUGGGGAGGGGAGGCGAGCAUCAUUGGACCGGCUAAAGGCGGCCUUGCUGGCGUUUAACCUGGGAUCUGAGUGAGAAGAGGCCGGCCACUGGAGGACUGGCGGAAGGAGGUCCCGGGGAACCCCCGGGAGGCAUGUAGAGCCGCCGACCGCUCGGCGCGAAGGGUUAAGUCGCCUGGCCGGCUGGAAAGUAGUCCCGGCCCGGCGCCCGGCCCCGCCCCUGCAGGGCGGAGGGACGCAUCACGCAGGGGUGGGGAAGCCGGAUCCGUGCGCAGGGUUGCUAAGGGUGAAACUUUUCAUUGACUUUGCUCACUUCGGGCCGGGGCGCGGGAAGGUGCGGGUCGUCGCGGUAGAGAAGCGAGUGGCUCGGGCGACGCGGGGCCAGAAAGGCAGGACCGCCCGCUAGCCAGAGCCCGGACCGUUCUCCGCCCCGCGACACAAGCCGCCCUGCGGUCCGACAUCCUCGCUUCGUCGCCGCCGGCCGGCCCGCCCGCCUUCCGUCCCCUCUCCGCCGAGCCUGACCUCCAAAAAGCUGAAAGAAUUAUUAUUGAGAGUCAUAGCCCAAAACUCCCUCACUUGUCCCCCAACCCUCAACGAAUAAAAGGACCCAUCAGCCUCCGGCCCGGCGGCGCCCAGAAAGGAAGGAAGAGCGACCUCCGACCCGCGCCCAGGACCACCCUGGAGGGAGAAGCCUCCCCGCCACCGGCAGACCGCCCCGCCACCGCGGAGACCCGAAGCUGUCUGGAGCCCAAGGCUGCCUACCUUCCAUCACCUGCCACUGCCCUCGGCUUGUAUACACGUGCCCGGAGCUGAUUUGCCGCCACGGAAAGGACCAUGCAGCUGGAGAUCAAAGUGGCCCUGAACUUUAUCAUCUCCUACUUGUACAACAAGCUGCCCCGGCGCCGGGCAGACCUGUUCGGCGAGGAGCUGGAGCGGCUCCUGAAAAAGAAAUAUGAAGGCCACUGGUACCCUGACAAGCCCCUGAAGGGCUCCGGCUUCCGCUGUGUUCACAUCGGGGAGAUCGUGGACCCUGUGGUGGAACUGGCCGCCCGGCGGAGCGGCCUGGCUGUGGAGGAUGUGCGGGCCAACGUGCCUGAGGAGCUGAGCGUCUGGAUCGACCCGUUCGAAGUAUCCUACCAGAUCGGCGAGAAGGGGGCGGUGAAAGUGCUGUACCUGGAUGACAGCGAGGGCUGUGUCGCCCCAGAGCUGGACAAGGAGUUCAAGAGCAGUUUCAACCCCGACGCACAGGUCUUCGUGCCCAUCGGCAGCCAGGACAGCUCCCUGUCCAGCUCCCCAUCACCAUCCUUCGGCCAGUCGCCCAGCCCCACCUUCAUCCCCCGCUCUGCCCAGCCCAUCACCUUCACUACCGCCUCCUUCGCCGCCACCAAGUUUGGCUCCACCAAGAUGAAGAAGGGCGGCGGGGCCGCAGGGGGCGGGGGUGUGGCGGGCGGUGGGCCCGGGGUCCCCCAGCCUCCACAGCCCCGCCUGGCCCGCUCCCCCACCAGCAGCCUGCUGAAGCACAAGAGCCUCUCCCUGUCUCUGCACUCACUGAACUUCGUCGCGGCCAGCCCGGCCCCUCAGUCACAGCUCUCCCCCAACGCCAAGGAGUUCGUGUACAACGGUGGCCCCGCCAGCCUCUUCUUUGACGGGGCCGAUGGUGGGGGUGCUGGGGCCGCCUCGUGCACUAGCAGCAGCUUUGACGUGGCCCAGGUGUUUGGGGGCGGCACCAACAGCCUCUUCCUGGAGAAGACACCCUUCGUGGAAGGCCUCAGCUACAACCUGAACACCAUGCCCUACCCCAGCCAGCCCUUCCAGCCUGUCGUGCUGGCCAACUGACCGCCCGCCGGUCGCGAGGCCAGGAGCGCCCAAGACCACAGGAAAGAGAAAGGAAAAGAAAGGCCAAAAAAAGAGGAAAAGAAAAAUACACAAAAAGAUUUCCAGUCUUCUCACUCUGGCUUCUAGAAAAAAAGAUCCAGCCCAGGCAGGGAGUGGGAGGGGGCUCCUGAAGCACCGAAUCGAGGUUAACUCAACCCCCUGCUGUUUUCCUGCCUGCCUCUGAUUUAUUUGGUUGGUUUGGGUUUUAUAUUUUUUUCUUUCUUUUUUUUUCUUUUUCUUUUUUUUUUUUUACAUGUAGUUUUCUAUAUAACAUCUUUAAUUAGUGGCUUCCUGUGCUAAGAAUGGUCCAGAUGUGAAUUGCUGCUCCCUCCCUCCCUCCCACCCUCCUUCACACGCCUGGUUUAGGAUUGGUGUGUCCAAGCUCACAGGGAAGGAAGAGCCACAGGCUGGGGCCUAACCCUGCCCAGAGCAGAGAGAGGCUGCCCUGUGUCACUGCCUCUGUCCCCCAGCUCUGCUUUCACUCAAAGCCAUCCAACCUCAUCAGGCCUUCUUGGGCCCUGCCACCCAAAAAGGUCUGACCCCAGCCCCCGCUCCCUCCCAGGCCUGAACCAUGGGGAGCUGCUGGCUGGCUACUUGACACCCUCCCGCUAGAGAGGUUAGCACUCUGUCUAGUGGAAUUGCUUUCAUCUCUGUCCUGUGGCCCCACACCACCAUCCCCACCCGGCCCAGACCCCCACCAUGGCCCCAGAGACCCAGCCCUUGACACAUGUGGCCUCUCGUGCAGUCCCUUCUUCCCUGGGCCUGAGGUUGUGGGAAGGAGGCGGGGCAGGUACGGGGGUGGGGGGGUGGGGGUGGGGUGUGCGCGCGUGCGUGUGCGUGCGCGCGCGCGUGGUUUGCCGUCCUGUUCUAAAGGAUUCCAAGCCAUGUAAACCCCCUCCCCCUCCCCAGCAUGAUUCCAGGUUGUGGCAAGUGCUUAUUUACGUAGGAGGUUGGGGAAUGGGCCGGGUGGGUUGUCAGUCCUUUUGUAGGGUGGGUCACGUGUUGCGGUGAGACUGCGGCUGAGCCUGAGACACUCCCAGGGGAAAAUACUGCAGAAGGAACUGGUUUCCAGACUGCGGAGGGAUCUGCACUUUUGUUUUUGACCAAAAAAAUGGGGGGUUAGCUGUGAGGGGCUGAGGGAAUACCAGCCUACCAGCCCCUGAUGCCUAAGAGAAGUCCCUGGACUCAGAUCCUCCUGUUUCGUGACCUUAACCCAGGGUGGGAGCUGCUCACCUGAGCACCCGUGGAGUGGGGGGGGGGAGUUUUGGGUCAGUGCCUAGAGUGGGCAGUCCUGAGCCUUGAAUUGAGACUUCUUAGUCCUUUGGUUUUAGAUGUUAUUUUAGUAUGUUUCUGCCCCAGCCUGCGUGAGAACUUCUUGGUACCUCUUGCCAGCCCCUCUCACUGCCUGACCCAACCCCACUAGGCCUCGAUGCUGUGAGGAGUGGUCUCUUGGGCAGGCCGGCUUAGACAGGCGUUUGGCCAUCGCAGGUGGUGUGUGCGGAUUACAAGAGAGCCUCAGCUCCUCCUCUCUCUGCUGGAAGAGAAGUUUCUCCCACCUGACCCUAGUGAGCCAGCUUCCAUGCAUGCCAUGAUGCUUUGGCUGGUGGGCCACAUGGCAUCAGGGCCCCCCAUCACCAAAAAGUACCAAAGCCCUUGGCACCCCACCCCACCCCGCCCUCCUCAGUGACCCCAAGUGGGGCAACCACCGCGGCAGUGGGUCCAGCCCAGACGCACACUGCCAGCCUCCUCCCCCUGCAUUGGGCACCAGCUCUACCUCCCCCAGCGGGGCAACGCCCUGGCUCCUCAGCCCAGCACCAGCUGUCCCCUAGGUUUCUCGGGGGCCGGCCCAGUCUGGGCGACCCUCUCCCUAGCCCUCCGCUCCCACACAGGUGACAGGCCCAGGCAGAUGGCUGCUCUCUGGGAAAGGUUGGAUGCUGCCUUAUUUAUGCCCCUACACUCAGUACACAGGUACCCGCCACCCCUGGUCAGCUUGUUUCUCACCACAUCUAGGGAGAGGGGGAGACCAACCCCUUAGUGUCUUUUGAAAUACGAAGAAAAAUGUAUGUUCAGGAGCAUGACUCCACUGCUGGACUCUUGGGCCCAGUUCAGUCUGUCUCGUCUCAAAUCUAGGCAUUUUUGCUUCAAUUUUAUUUUUUUUAAGGAAAUGAAAACAAAAACCUGCACUAAUUUACCUGGUUUCGUAGGAAUACUUUUUUUUUUAUUUUUUACAUUUUUUGGUGUCCGUUUGUAUUGAAUAAUUUGCUACAUUUGUAAAAUGUAAGAGGUAUAUAUAAUAUAUGUAUAUUUCUAACGUAAAAAACGUAAUUUUUUUCUUUUCAAGAUUUUUUCUUAAAAAGAGGAGAGAAACAGAUAUUUUUUCAGGAAAAACAAACUUUAAAAUAAAAAAAGAGGAGAAUUAAACCUAUUUCUCCCCUUUCCCCAUCCUCUCUCUCUGUCUGCCCCUCUUUCCCAGGAACAAAUCAAAAGGUGGAUCGUCUUGUAAAGAAUGUAAACUUUUAGUCCAGAAUGAUGUAUUUUUCUCAAUGCAGUGAGCUAUAGAUUCUCUAGUUUGACCCCUCGGGAUGGGAAGGAGGGCAUUGAGGCAAUGUGGAGAGGAGCUUGGGGGAGCAGGGUAAUGAACUUGUUUUCUUUAGUGAAGGAGGAAUACAAUCAAGCAUUUUGUAUUCAGAAUGUUGUGCAAUAUUUUGGAAUGGGACAUUGGUGUGUUUAGAGAUUUAGUUUAAAAACAAAACAAAAAGAUUGAUCAAAUCUGUACAGUUUAUAUUGUUCCAGAUUUUUUUAAGUUUGUAUUAAAAGCAUGAUAUAUAAUAGC